UUUGUAUAUAAUAUCCAAGAAGUUGAAAAUAAUUUUAGUCUUUAGGAAUAAUUUCGAUUGACAUCAUUGAUCGCAAUGGAAUUUAUUUUUACCGCAUUGGUCGGCAUUUUUCUCUGCCUUCCUUUUAUUACCUCAGGACAAACGUUUAUUGAAUGCAAUGCAACCUGUGCACCAUGGUUCUCAUGCAAUACAUUAAUUGAAAUGAGAAAAAGAUAUUUAAAUCAAAUUAAUGCAGGAGUGAUUCAACAAUUGUAUGGAAAUGAAUUAAGAGACUUACAAUGUCAUUAUAAUCGAAAUGUAAGAACGCCAUAUUUUUGCUGUAACGAUAAGAAAGAAGAAUUUAAGAUCGAUUAUAAUUCUAUCCGUCGUCAUCCAAAUCGUCAAUUAUUUGAAGAUGGUAAUUGUGCACAUGGAAAUUUCAUUCUUCGUAGACUUGAUGAAGAUUUUUAUCAAGCUGAUAUUCAUGAAAUUUCUUGGACAGCUUUAUUUAAAUUUGAAGGCAGACUUAUUUCAUCUGGCACUUUAAUUAAUAAUCGUUAUGUCCUCACUAGUGCUCGUCAUGCUAAACGUUUCGAGAAUGCACUUGAAAACGUGGUGGUAGUAUUGGGAGAUUAUGAUAUUAGCAAAAGUCCUGAUUGUCAAACAAUGGAAAAUGGAAAAAAUGUUUGCAAAAUGAUUGAAAUUGUAGGAGUUGAAGGAAUCUAUUUUCAUCAGAAUUUUAGCGAAACUGAUUUGACCAAUAACAUUGCUUUAGUAAGACUAAACAAUGAAAUUGAAUUUUCAAUGGACAUUCAACCAGUUUGUCUGCCAUUCACUGAAAUGCAAACACUAUCUCUACUUAAUAAUAGGUACACUGUUUAUGGACAUGGAAUAUCCUUCGAUCAUGGUAGUGAAACUAAUAUUACAACAAAGAACUCUGUGUACAUUAUGGAUAGAUACGAAUGUGAAGUACUUUACAGAAGGAUAAGUAAUGAUGAGAGUAAUAGAAGAAGAAAAUUCGAUGACCAUGUUUUCUGUGUAAAACCAAAAGAAAUUCCACCUGUUUGCGUUCCUGAUGACGGAGGAGCUUUGUCGCAAAAUCGUGGAAAUAUUCAUUAUCAAAUGGGUGUAGCAAGUUUUUCUAAUGAUGUAUGCUCUCUACAACUACCGUUUGUUUAUACGAACGUUACCCAUUACUUAAAGUGGAUUUUGGACACAGUCACAGACUAAAGUUGUUAUAUGCGAGCUGAAGUAGUCGAAAAGAAUUUUUUUCUUUAGAGGAUAAGAAUAUUUGUUGGAUCAUGUAGGAAUUUUCAUAGUAGGAUAUCUAGUUUAUAAAUGUGAUACUAUUCUACACGUGUUAUUAUGUUGCACAACAUAUAUGGCAUUGGUUUUUAAAUAUGGCAACAAAAUGAAGAAAUUAAAUAUUUAAAUACAUUGGGUUACCACUUACAUUUUUAGGUUAUACAUUUAUAUUUUUAUAUAUUUAACAAUUCAAUAAAUUUAUCCUUCUUUUGAAUUUA